AUCUCUCCCGGGCCAAGCGUAACCUGAGCAACAACUUGCAGAGGUUCAAGUUUGAGUGUAUCGGCAACAGUCAAACAGACGAUGAGAUAGUGAUCGGCGGCUCGCUGCGAGAGUUUGCCAAGAUUGUCGAUAUGGUGGAGGACGAGAGGGAGAGGAUGCUGGAGCGGUCGUACGAGCAGAUCAUACAGCCGCUGGAGAGCUUCAGGAAGGAGGCCAUCGGCGGCGCUAAGGAAGGCAGGAAGAAGUUUGAGAAGCAGACCCAGAAGUUCUGUCAGUCCCAGGAGCGUUACCUUAACCUGUCUACCAAGAAGGACGGUCAGGUGCUGCAGGAGGCUGAUGCGUCGGUGGAGAUGGAACAGCGUCACUUUGUUCACGCCUCACUUGAUUAUGUGUUCCUGCUGCAAGAAGUUCAAGAGAGAAAGAAGUUUGAAUUUGUGGAGACGCUGUUGAGUUAUAUGUACGGGUGGCUGACCUUCUACCAUCAAGGUCACGAGGUAUUCAAUGAUUGUAACCCCUACAUGCGUGACCUCCAAGUUAGAGUACAAAGGACGCGUGAAAACUUUGAGGCGACCCGUCAAGAAUCUGUUCAGCUCAAGAACAAGAUGCUGGAGGUCAUGAGCAUGUGUUCAAUCCUAGACCCCACUGUUUCCACCAACAGCUGUGAGAAUAACACUCAAGUUUCUGCCCCUUGUGAGAAGUCAAUGGAUCCCGGCAACAUGGACAAGAUGUACACCAGACAGGGCUACCUCUUCCUCAUGGAGAAGAAGGCAUUCGGCACAACUUGGACUAAACACUACUGCCUCUACCAGAAGGAGAACAGAGUCUUCACAAUGAUUCCCUACAACCAGAUCCAACACAAAAUUUGCAAGUUUACGUCGACAGAAACUAUAGUGCUGAGGUCUUGUGUGCGGCGGAUGUCAGACAGUAUAGACAAGAGAUUUUGCUUUGAUCUGACGGCCCAGGACAAGCCAGGAGUCCAGUACACACUACAAGCGCUGUCGGAGGAAGACCGCAAGCACUGGAUGGACGCCAUGGAUGGGAAGGAACCGAUGUACGCCCACCCUAGUGGUGCUCCGGGUUCUCAGGAAGAGACAUCUCUAGAUGAAGUUGGGUUGAGCUUCACAUCAAGAGCAAUAGCCAUGUUGGAGAGCAGAGGGCUGGAAGAUCAAGGUUUGUACAGGUUAGUCGGUGUAUCUAGCAAAGUGACUAAGUUGUUACAGUUGGGUCUAGAUCGCCGGAAAGCUGAGAAACUGAUGCUAGACGACUCUGCUGAAUGGGAAGUGAAGACCAUCACAUCUGCCAUCAAGCAAUACUUCCGCAACCUUCCUGAGCCUCUCAUGACGUACAAGCUACACAGUGCCUUCAUCGCUGCUGCCAAACAAGACCAGCUGUUCCGGCGUGUAAAUGAUAUUCACGGUCUGGUUCACAAACUGCCAAAGACAAACUUCAUAGUUCUCAAGACUUUAAUUCAGCAUUUGGUGAAUGUUGCCAACAAGAGUGAGAAGAACCUAAUGACAGUGAGCAACCUUGGGGUCUGUUUUGGACCCACGCUGCUCAGACCAGAGGAGGAGACUGUCGCUGCCAUCAUGGACAUAAAGUUCUGCAACAUUGUGGUGGAAAUCCUUAUAGAACACUUUGAGAAGAUUUUCAGCUCUCAACCGGAGCCUUUAGUUGACGUCUCCCGAAUUGGAGAUGCGUCAGCGGCCCACAGCAGACAGACUCCUCCUAAAUCUUCACCUCCACCACCCUCUCACAACCAUGCAUCCAGUGCUUCCCAGACCACCUCCUCACAUAACCACACAUCUGCCUCAUCUGCGUCCUUGUCUCACUCUAAACAUCCGCCGGUGUUACAAAAGGUUGUGACUUCCUUCACCACAAGUGAACCUCAGACAGUGCACUUUGGAGCACCGUCCAGUCUUCCCUCACAGUUACAACGUUCAGAUGCAUUGUCCAACCUUAAGGCCCAGACAACAUCAUCUGGGGCAUAUUCCAACAUGCCUCCCCCACCAUCCGCCACCCACCACUGGAACAAUACUUCGUCUAUAUCUAGUCUUAACUCAGGCCUAAACUCAGGGCUCAACUCGCAUAGCUCGCUUGUUUCAUUAAGUUCAACAGUGGCGAGUUCUAUUGCCAUGAGCGGGGCUUUUGACAGCGUCCAGAGCAGCCGACCUGCGCGUCCUCCUGCUCCUACCAAUGGUCAGUCCAGAGCGGGGACAGCGCUGUCCUUUGUCAAUCCUCUGUCUGACCGAAAUGAUGGAGUACAGAGCACGAGUAGUUCUAGUGAGUCACUAUCAUCCCGGUCAUCACGGGAGUUAACACAACCGCCCUCCAACUCCCUCUCCUCCUCUCCGCAGACAAGUAAGAGGCUUCCUCAUGUUGUGGCGCCCCCCAAGAUGGGUGCUAACGGCCCUCAUCGAGACGUCCGUUUGCAGCAGACAAACCAUUAUGCGUAUAACAGCACUUGGUAUAUAUCCUUUCCAGAUGCCAGACUUGGGACGGCUUAUCCCCCGACCUACCGCCAACACAUGGAGACUCUGUGCAAGAGACAAUCUCUGGAGUUCCUCUACUCGUCUCUGAACUCCAUCAGUGGGUCACAGUCCACCUUGAGUCUCCUGGCCCCUACCAGCUCUUCUCCCCCUCCCUCGUCAUCAUCCACCUCCAACGGGACGGUCAACUCUCCACCAAGGCGUGUGAGAACGUUGUAUGCAUGUGUAGGAGAGAAUGAGUCUGAGCUUUCUUUUGAACCAAAUCAAAUUUUGAGCAAUGUUCGGGCGUCACGAGAACCCGGCUGGCUCGAAGGAACGCUAAACGGACGAACUGGUCUGAUUCCUGAAAAUUAUGUUGAAGAAAUAGAUGAUAAGCCGCCGCCUCCUCGGCUGAUAUCCCAGAGAAACACUGACGUGUAAUGUGAAAGAGACAGCCAUCUAGUGGACACAGAGUGGAAGUUCUCACUGACCUUUAUGUAAGGAAAAGUACGGUACUGUAUUGUGUCUUAACAAUAUCCACUGCUUACAUUAUACUGUAUUGUUGACCAGUGAUACCUGUGUACUGUGUACUUUACUGUACUGUAUCUCUUCAAAAACUUACUUGGGAGAUGUUUGCUUCAUGUACUGUAUGUCAGUCAGUGAUGGAACAUAUGCCUUCAACUUUGAUAAUGAUAAUCCUCAUGGGCCUUAGGUACUCCCAGGACUUCCUGUGCUAUUAAAGAAAUUUUCAGCCAUAUCAAAUUCUCAGAUUCAUGGAUAUUUUUCAAGUGAUAUCUGUGCAUAAAUGAAGACAUGUGAAAAUAAGGAAAGCCGAGAGAAUGUCUGUAUGUGGUAUGAGGUGACAGUGCUUCUCUUUACAGUAAUCAAAAUGAACAUGAUCUAAUAAGUGCCACAAUGUUUCCUUACCAACAAGUCCUCUUGAUGUCUGGGAUACUGUUAUUAGUCACCCGACAUGUGUGAUAGAAGGUCACAAUUUAACCAUAAAUGGAGGAAAUUAUACAAUGGGGAAAAAAUAUUGAAGCUCACACCCAUUUGUUACCUUUGACACAUGAGAAUGAAGGUGUUCUUAGGCAUGGUAGUGAGUGAUAGUCAGAAGUAUUCCCCAAGUACUAUAAUAGUCUGGACUUUGGUUAAAGAAAGAAAAAAAAGCAUCACUAUCCAGGACAUUUUGGUCAUAAUGUUCAUUCUUUAUGAUUUUAAAUAUUUAUUUGUGGGAAAAAUAUGAAGAUUAACCUCAAGGAAUGAUUUUCUCAUUAUUAGACGUUAUUUUUUUAAAUGUCAUCACGAACUCUUUGUCUCAAGAUUCUAUUUGGAUUUACUAAUGAUACAAGAAUCGAUGAUGUGACUGAUAAAUUUUAAUCUAUCAUUUUGUUUUAAAUGAACUCAAAUAACAUUACAGUAUCGCUCUUUGAGGAGGUUUUCAAUUUUAUGAGUACUGUAUUUUAAUUUGAAGAAACAUUGCCAUAAAGAAUUAUGAAAGUGAUGAAUGACCUGGAUAGGUCUACUGGAUAAUGAUGAACUGUCAUAGUGUACAUGUGUAACAGUGAUGACCUAGUCUGAACCAAAAUAAUUGGAGAAUGUAUAUUUAGCCUCUUCAUGUAACAAACAUUUGUACAUUUGAGUAUUUUGUAAAUAUUGUUUUAUUAUCAUAUACGUAUUACAUAAGUAAUGCAUAACUUCAAGUUUUGUUUUCAAUAGCCAAAUGAUUUUAAAUAUGUGAGCUCGGUUUCCUUUUUUAUCAAUGUACUGUUAUGUCAGACGAAACCAGCGCUUUACUAGAAAAGACACGUGAGAUACAAUAGCUUAGAAUUUGUUAACUUUUUUGGUCACUCAUGCAUGAUUCCUUAAAAAUAUAUUAAGUAUGAACGGAAUAUUUGUAUAUUUUAGGUAUUCAGUGUAAGGCAAAGGUUUUUGUAUGCAGCUAGUCAAGUAAUAUUCAUUGUGAUGUACAAAACCAUUACAAUGUAAUAUGUAGUUCAGUAAUUCCAGUAGUGAGAUGGAUUAAACAGUUUUAACUAUUAAGAGAGGUGACCAACCACUUUAACUACAAUGGAAUAAUGUUGAUUGCAUGAGAAAGCUGCCUUAGCCUAUGAUGAUUAUUGAUGGCCUCCAGAACUGAAGAAAGUAACUAAUUGAUGGACUUCAUUCAUUUUCAUUUUGCUCGCUUACCCAUUACACACACACACACGGUCCACUGUGACGAAUGAUUCCAAAGAGUAAUAAUUCUGGCUUUUAUGUUACGUAAUGGAAUUGAAGGAAGAUUUAAUUGUCAUUGACUGUUGUGGUGAUGUUUGUGGUCUUCAGCGAUGAUUGCUCUGUUGUUUGUGGGUAAUAUGAGGAAUCAUUGUAAGUUGGAUUGGCCAGUUGAUAACAUUUUGCUGAGAUAUUCUACAUGUUCUAUAAGCUGUGCAUUAAGAGGUACAAGUAACAUACCAUAAAAGUUUGCUUUGGUUUAACAUACAUUCCGUUUACAGUAAGCUCUUAAUUAUUAUUAUAGAGACAAGCAGAUGAUAUUUGUGACAUUAUUACUUUUAAGUGUUUGUAACAUGUCAUUGUGGCUGAUUUAAGUACCGUAUUUAUAAAAUUAUGGCAAAAUCUGUUUGAAACAUUUGAAUUCACGGUUGGCUUCUCUCUACAACUGAUGUUCCUUUUGUCUAAUAAUGAAAUGCAUAAAUAAGUACAAAGGUCUUUCAGUCUAAUUAGUUGGCAAUAUUUAAGUUGUACCUGAGAACAUUACUAUCAGAAUCACUUUUAUUGAAGUUCAUAAAAAAAAUUAAGGGUUUACUGUACAUCACUUCAUUAUUUUUGGUUACUGUAUUUGGUUACACAAACCAGUAUAGUCAGUUCUGAAAUUCAAGAUGUUAGCCUAGCUGUUGCACAGAAAGAAUGGUAGUAUAUAUAUAUUGUUUGUUUAACUGUUAAUUAUAUAAUUACUAGUCAUUCCUAUUAUUAAGGUUUGUAAAAUUGACUGAAUAAUCAUAAUAAACAAACUUUUGUGUUGAUCACAGGCAGGGAGACACACAGGGUACAUUAUGUGUACCGUCUUGCACUAUUGUGUGUCAGACAUUAAAAAAAAUCAUCUUAACCUGGGUUUCUAUAAUUGUCUUUUAAGUGUUGAUCCGUCUCACAAAUUUUGGACAAAUUGAACAACAAGAUAUUUGACCACCACGAGCUGUAGUCUGUAUCACUUUUUCCCCAAGUGCUAAAUUUCAUCCUGGGAAAAUCCCUCGACUCUAAGAGGUCGAUAAUCUUGAGAAGUAAAGUGAUCCUCCCAGGCUGACAUUCAUUAAACUAUUGCACAUAAAUUUGUGAUUCCGUUGGUCCAGUCAAACACCCGGGUACUGUACUGUAGUCACUCACUUCUGGCUUACAGUGUCUCUCAUGUUUCCUUGUACACUCUUUAUUUCCCCUUAUCUAUUCGUAAGAAAUUUUGAAACUUCUGCACAUCAUUAUUCGGAAAGUAAUAAGGAACAAGGUACUGUACUUGGUAAGAGUAGUAGCCUACUUAUAGAAUUUUUAUAUAUGUGUUUUAAAGAUCAAUUUUGUGUACAGCUUCUCAUAGCAGUGUUUACUCUGGCAGGUUAUACAGUGUUGUUAGUUUGGCAAAACAAACCAAUUUGCAAAAAGCCAAGAGGUAAUCGGGUAAGGGUAGGAACUCUGCAGGGUAUACUCAUAAAACUUCUCAAAAGUAAAGUUGCUCAAAAAUUUAAUGCUUUCUGUAAAGUUUCACAAAAUUAACAUUUUCAAAUGCACAUUCCAUGAAGAUGUUCCUGCAAUGUCUGCCAAUCAAAAUAUUCCUGUACAUUUGAUACAUACAAAAUGAAUAUAUUUUGAUUUAGGUUUAAAAAUUCUUUCUUUGAUUUGUAAAUAAUCUUCUGUCCAUUUCUUUCCUUUGAUGGUGCAUUAUGUUAAUGCAAAUAAAUUUAGUGUUGACACGAUUUAA